GGCGGGGCGCAUGCGCCGUGUCAAUGUCACCGGCGGGCGGCAGGAUGCUGGCGGCAGUGGCGGCGCGGGCGCUGGCGGCCCCCCCCGCGGGGUCCCCCCGGGCGGCGGGGGGGCGGCGGGGCGCGGGGGGGCUGGCGGGGCUGGCGGCCCGGGCCGCUGCCUACCGGGGGCUGCGGCGGCCCCCCGAGCCCCGCGACUGGGCCCGGCGCUACCGCGACCGCUUCAUCCCCCUGGCCAAGGGGCAGCUGCUGCGCGCCCUGCUCGCGGAGUUCCACUCGUCCAGCGAGGAGCAGCGCGCCGCCUUCCUGGCCUUCGCCGCCCGCCUCGACGCCGCCCUCCUGCCCCACUACUACCGCGCCCUGACCCACAUCCAGGAGCUGUACGACCCCAUCGACCCCGACCGGGACACGGGGGGGCCGGGGCAGCCGGGGGGGGCCGAGCGGCGGGAGCGGGAGCGGCGGGUGCUGGAGGCCCUGGAGCCGCUGCUGGACGACGCCAACUUCGGGCGGCUGCCGGACGAGGCCGUGGCCUUCGCCCUGGCCGUGCAGCACCCGCUCGACGAGGCCCAGGUCUCGGUGGACCUGGACGACUACGAGCUGAUCCAGUUCUGGGCCCUGGGGCAGCGCGUGGGGCCGAUCCCCGGCGCCGCCCCCCGCCCCGGCCGCUGGCUCUACGGCGCCCCCCGGCCCCCCCCCGAGAGGCGGUACUUCCGGCGCGUGGUGGUGGCGGCGCGGCCCCGCGGGGCCCCGCUGGAGCUCCGGGCCUUCAAGGAGGUGCCGCUGGAGGCGCUGGAGCUGCUGCUGCCCCGCGUGCGGGUGCGGACGCCGCCGCUGCAACGGGCCUGGCUGCACCUGGCGCUCGCCGCCUCGGGCGCCCUCCUCUUCCUCAACGUGGGCAUGGCGCUGCUGGCCGACGCCAAGGUGGGCGCCACCGCCCUGCUGCUCUGCUUCGCCGCCCUCAUGGCCUUCCGCGCCUCCAAGGCAUUUGCACGGCGGCGGGAGGCGCAGGCGCUGGGGCUGGCGCGGGCGCUGCUGCGGCGCGGGACGUCGCACGACGCGGAGCUGCUGGGCGCCGUGGCCCUGCGGGCGCUGGACGAGCAGGUCAAGGAGGCUCUGCUGGCCCACAGCUUCCUGCCCCACGGCCGGCCCCCCCCGCCCGGCCCCGAGGGGACGGUGGCGGCGGCCGAGGCCGAGCUCCAGGCCCGGGUCGAGGCCUGGCUGCGGCUCCGCUCCGGCUUCGACGUCUCCUUCGCCGCCGCCCGGGCCUGCCGCCGCCUCCGCAGCCUCGAGCAGGGCCCAGGCGUCCGGGAGGGCCACGACCCCCCCCCCGGCGCCCCCUGAGCCCCCCCCCGCGGGCCCCGGCGUCCGGGAGGCCAAACCCGCGGGGCCCAGGCGUCCGGGAACCGCUUCCCGAGGGGCCCAGGCGUCCGGGCCCGGCCGCCCGCAAUAAACCGAGUCCGUGCCGA